GCGGGUGUAGGUUCACAGCCCCUCCGUCUCCCUCUUCCUGCGCGCAGUGAUCGGUUUUGUGCUGCGGUCGUGGUGAAUGAGAUUGAAGAAGAGUUCUUGUUUUGUAUCUCAGUUUCUCUCUGUUUUUUUUUUUUUUAAAACGCAGAAAUUAAAAUUUUAAAGCAAACAAAAAUAACACCAGCCCGUCUGAGUAAAUCCAUGCCGUGUGUUUUUGGUAUCGCAGUGAUGUAAGGAAUCGUUUUCGGACUCUGUUUUGCUGAUUUUUUUUUUUUUUUAGUGUGGGGGGGGUGUUUGUAAAUAUUUAUUUAAAUAAUUUGUCAGAAGGACUACUGAUCAAGUAAAGAGUGCAGGACUCAGAGAUGUGUAGGCUGUGAGCUGAGGAAGUCUGGGCGCCUGCCUGCCUGCCUGCCUUUACCCAUACUGGAGUUGGAGAGUGAGUGGACACCAGUCUCAUUGCCAGCUGGCUGAAAAAUUUCCGGGACUGACUUGACUUGCUGGCGAACUGGACCAAUGAUGGAACUGCAAACAUUACAGGAGGCCCUGAAAGUGGAAAUACAAAUCCAUCAGAAACUGGUUGCCCAAAUGAAGCAGGACCCACAGAAUGCUGAUCUGAAGAAACAGCUUCAUGAACUUCAGGCCAAGAUCACCGCCCUGAGUGAGAAACAGAAAAAGGUAGUGGAACAGUUGAGGAAGGAGCUGUUGGUGAAACAGGAGCCAGAGCUCAAGCUCCAGACGGUGCAGGCAGCGGCGGACGGUAAAGCCAUGAUCCUGUCACCCUCCUGUCAGCCUCAACAGCAGCCCACAGGUCCUCCUCACAACAAGGCAGCUCCACAGAAGACUCUGCAAGUCACGCCGGUCCUCACCGCGAAGACGCUACCUCUAGUACUGAAAGCUGCCGCCUCUACCAUGCCUGCUUCCAUGACUACGCCACGCCCCACAGUUGCCAUGGUCACUGCCAUCAGCAAUCCCCCCAGGCCUGCCUUGACCCCUGACUCUCGCAAUGCACCAGUGAACCUUCAGCUGUCCAGCAAACUGACCGGUCAGGACACCGAGGCAACGUCACGAGUCAUGCCGAAGAACGUAAUCGUAGUGCAGGCCAGCACCACCUCGGCUCAGCCUAUCAAAGUUCCCCAGUUUGUCCCUCCUCCUAGACUGACGCCUCGACCCACCUUUCUGCCACAGGUACGCCCGAAACCUGCUACUCCCAACAACGUGCCCAUUGCCCCUGCUCCUCCUCCCCCCAUGAUGGCUGCUCCACAGCUGCUCCAGAGACCAGUCAUGCUUACUACAAAGUUAACAUCAGCGCUACCCGCCUCGGCAGGCCCCAUCCACCAAGUGCGCAUUGUCAACGGCCAGCCCUGCACCAUCCCCAAAACCAUCCCUUCUACAGGAGCCAGCACAGGCCAAGUGACGGGCAUCGUUAUUAGUGGCCCGAUGCAGACGCUGCAGAUCAGCAGCUUAAACGCAGACAUAAAGACUGUGAAAUCUCAGGGGGCUUCAGAGCAGGUGCUUACAAGCACCCCUUCUUCAACGUCUCCUCUUCUUUCUCCUCCCAAGGUUAAACGAGAAGAGAAUCCACAGAAACUUGCCUUCAUGGUGUCUCUUGGGUUGGUCACACAUGACCAUCUAGAAGAGAUUCAGAGCCGAAGGCAGGAACGGAAAAGGAGAACAACGGCCAAUCCUGUGUAUAGCGGAGCAGUAUUUGAGCCAGAGAGGAAAAAGAGUGCUGUCACCUAUCUGAACACUCCCCUCCAUCAAGGAACGAGGAAGAGAGGUCGCCCACCCAAAUACAGCAGCAGUGCAUCAGGGCCAGAGCUGGGCUGCCACCCCCUGCUCUCCCCAUCCAGCAGUCACCCCGCCUCCCCAGCCGCCGAGCGGCCUGAACUCGGGGGUUUCCCCCUCCCCGUCCACCCCCACUCUCUCCCUCAGCCCAGCCCCAGCUCCGGGGAUGGAGACAUCCAUGAGGAUUUCUGCACUGUGUGCAGACGUAGUGGCCAGUUGCUCAUGUGCGACACGUGCUCACGCGUCUACCACCUCGACUGCCUGGACCCGCCCCUCAAAAAUAUUCCUAAAGGCAUGUGGAUCUGUCCCAAAUGUAAAGACCAGAUACUGAAAAAAGAGGAGGCCAUACCAUGGCCCGGGACCUUGGCGAUUGUGCAUUCCUACAUUGCAUAUAAAGAAGCAAAAGAAGAAGAAAAGCAGAAACUGAUGAAGUGGAGUGCUGAGCUCAAACUAGAGCGAGAGCAGCUGGAACAAAGGGUCAAGCAGCUUAGCAACUCUAUAACGAAAUGCAUGGAGACCAAGAACAGCAUCCUGGCCCGGCAGAAGGAAAUGCAGUCCUCGCUUGACAAGGUGAAACACUUGGUGCACCUCAUCCACAGCUUUAACCUUUCUCAGACUGUGGAGAUCGGUGCAGUCCAAGAGGACAACCCUGACGACAAGACUGACGGCUGCCAAGAGCCCAAGGGUACCGUACAUUCAUGUGCCAAGCCCUCAGGGUCUGAGCAGAACCCUGCCCAAGUUGGUGCGCAGGUCCCUGCUGCUGGCACGGUGCCCAAGGUACAGGCUGAGCCUGAGGUGGGCGAGAUGGCCGACUCGGCCGCCGCCGUCACUCCAGAGGCAGAGCCGAAAGGAUCAGGAGUCACACAGGCCAGUAAUACAGCAGUCAGAGACGACAUGGACACAGUGAAGACUGUAAAGCCAAUGGAGGUUACAGAGGUCAAAGAGAACGGUGGAACGGACUCGAAGAGCCCUGGAGAACUGGGAGAGAGUCCUGUGGACAUAACAAACUCUGAAAAUACGACUCCCAAUGCCAGCAACAGCGAAGAGGCAGUCAAGAUGGAUGUCGAGGACCUGGACCACAGCAAGAACACCAACAAUGGAAAAAUCUUAGAACCCUCGCAACAGCUUUUACCAGUGGCACUCAACAAUGUGGACAUCUCCCAAUGAGUCUUAUCCAAGUCGACUCAACUAAGUAUACCUCUCCUUCUCCCAAACAUUUUAAAAACAACUUUUACUGCAUCCAGCACCGAUGCACCAAGUUGCCAAUCUAUAUAUAUAUUAUACAUAUAUAUGUGCAUUUUAAUUUUUUUUUUUUCCCCCAGUGUGAGGUGAGACUGUCAACAGUGCUUCUACAUCCACGGUGAAUUAGUCAUGGUUCUUUGUCAGUGAAUACGCCCAACAAAGGUUGUAGAAAGGUGCUUAUAAUACAGUGUCAUACCAAUUCAUGGAUUAUUUAAAAAGAAAUGAAAAAAAAAAUCAAAUAAAAUGAAUAAUGAAGGAGGAGGAUAACUGAAUAUAUCUCAUCACACCAGUGUGUGCCUGCAACAGUUGCCCUUGAAACUCAUGGGGAUUGUUUAAGUUGUCUUAGUUUCUUUUUCUCUGGGAAGAGGGUGGCAGGUCACACAUGUCCAAAGACUGCAUGCUCUGUCCACCCUCAUCGCGUCCCCCAGCCAGGUCUGAGAGGACCCUUCCUAAACCAAAAGCUUCUUGUUCUGAGCUGGACAAGUUGCAUCAGUAUUCGCCAGCGGCAGGAAGCACCGAGGCUUCUGAAGUCACAGGCAUUUGUUAGACUGAAUCAGGACUAUAAAAUGCCGAUCUCUCCAUCCUGUUUUCAUUUCAUAUGAGCAGUAGAACGUGAAUGAUAUGGCUAAAAAAGAAGUCCCAUAUCGAGUACGCCUCAGACUAAACAUCGGGAAGAGAAGCAUGUGUAGUUGGGGCGAGGAAACGCAACCGCGUCAUUUGACAGCAGCGUCUGAUGAAUACGAAAAAGAUGUUGCUCUUCUGUACUGAGUCUUUACUGCACCCGUGUGUGAAACAUUGCAGGCUCGCUGUGUUGAGGGGGGGGAAAAAAAGGUGUCCAUGUCUGAGGGGUAUUUUGUCUUUCUGUUAAUAGCAAAAUGUAUUCAGGUCUUCCUAGUCUUCACACAAAAAUAAGUGCUUUUCUGUUUCAGAAACAGUAAUUUGCUAUCAGAGGUGUUAAAAUGGCAUCGUUUAUGCAAGAAGCUCUUUGUUGCAAGCAGAAGGGCAUUGCAUAAUGAGUGUUUUUAUUUAUCAUUCUAAACUGCCAAAUGGUUUUUUUUUUUGGUCCCCUGAAUCCAGAAUAUAAAUGUUUUAGCAUAUUUUGAAGCCUAGUCUAGAUAUCAGUAAAUACAUCACUCCUUUCUUCCUUCCCCUGAAUCAUCGUGUAUGGUAAACAUGCAUACGUAACAACAAUGCUUCACAAUUUGCUGUCUUAAACUUGAGGGUUUGAUGUUUGAGCCAAAUUUAGUAAUAAGACAAAGACGGAAAACCCUGGAUUUAAAGCACAAGCUUAUUUCAAAUAACAAAACUUCAAGUAAGGCAAAGCUUAAGAAAGUGAGUUAUGCUUAUUUGUUAACGAUCGUUAUGCUUGCCAACAUAUUUUUGUUUCCAAGGAUGUGUAAUGAAGCUGUGCUGCUUACUCACCUGCAAGUGGAGCAUCUUCUGCCAGACUUUUCUUUCUUUUUCUUUUUUUUUCCUUUAAACUAGUUCCUUUUGAACCUUUCUGUUCACCUUUUCACCUAAGACCAAAACAUCAGACGCACGUUUGCCCAGUUUACCUCUUCUACAUCGCUUUCUCUUGCGUUCAUUUGUACAUUGCACUGGAGUAAAUCAUGUCUUAAUGGUACUGCACAGCUGGCACCUCAAACAUGUUUACAUCUCCUCUUUCCAAAUUUGCAUAUCUUCAUCUGUACCAUUUUUGACAGAUCAUUAAGUCUAUUACUGAACAAUAAAUAUCGAACGUUAUUCGUUAUACCAUGUACAUUUAUAUUGCACGAUUACUGCUGUUUGCAGGGCAAAACAGGCCUUGUGAUUUCAGACUGUUUCACAAAGAUGUAACCAAACUAACACAGUGUACUUUGGAUCAGGAGGUAGACGGACGAAAAAAAAAAAAGUAGUGCAGUCAGAUUCCUUGCUUUCGUUGGAAGCAUGCUGCAGUUCUUUUUGCAUGACUGUGAAACACAAAUCAGCUCUCGGCAUUCCUUUAUACUUUUGUUACUAAGCUGUGUCUGGAAAGCAAAAUAAUAACUCUUCAUAUCUUGGCUGUUUUUAUUGCAAUCUAAAAUCAGAUAAACUGAAAGGACAUUUGAUGGCCUUCUGAAACCCCUCACUGUUUAGUGCAUCAUAAGGGUGAGAGGGUUUUAAGUAAAACGCCUCCGUUCCUUCCUGUACAGGUGCCCUCGAGUGCCUUUAUUUACAUCAUCUCCCAAUUAUAGUUCCCGUCCUGCGUUUAGUUAUCUUCCCACAGAUCUGUCAUUCACUUUUCACGAAGACUUUACGUGUUGCGUAGAAGCACAGCCUCAAGUUGUGAUUUUAUUGGGGAAAAGUAAAAACUGGGUGUAGUAACGUGGUGUUAAUUGUCUGGUUUUCUCUGGCUGUCUGUGGUUGACGUAGAUGUUUCACACACUCCCUUUUAAAAAGUAAGCUUAAAGAGCUUGAUGUUCAGGUUAAGGAGUUGCCUUAAUAGGUGUUCUUAAGUUUUGUUAAACACCCAAGAACAAUAGUGUAUUUAUCACAGUAAUUGCACAAGUUGAGGGGGGAAAAAAUGUCUGUAAAGAAACCUAGAUUCUACUGUCAUGGCUAACGAUUAUUCCUUUUAUUUAGUGGUCAGGUCUGAUUUAGUUUAUGAUCGUUUUUAUUGGCGUCAGCAAUUUUAAGGGGAAACUAAGACAGAUGUGAGUAGUGAUUAUUCGUAUUCUAUUAUUUAUGCACUUUCAGCAGUGAUGCCAUUAGUGUUAAAGGUACACCAAGGAAUAUCUUUAGUCAGAUGGGUUAGUAUAUAAACCCUCAGAACAGGAUGUAAUCUUCCAAGCCUUUCACUUAAUCACCUUGUACUAUUCCAUACAUUCUGCUGUUGUGUAGAAAAGCCUCUUCGUUGAGGUUCAGCGAGUACGUUUCUUUUCACGAGAAGAGACUGUGUGUUUAUUAUCUCAUUAUCAACAAUGUAAUACACUAAAUUCUUUUUCUAUUCCAGAAGUAAAUGAUGUUUAUCAGGUAUUCAAAGUUCAGCAGCGAUUUAAAAAAAAAAACACCUGCAAGCUGACUGCAUUGACUUCACAAAACCACCAAAACACCACGUGACCAGUUGGUACAAUAACAAACGCCACUUUCUUAUGCAAGUUUUUUUUUUUUUUUUUGGUUUGGUUUUGUUCUUUUUUUUAAUGUUUUAUCAAAACUUUUAAAUAUGCAUCUAUCUUUGAGUUUAAUUUUUAGGAUUUUUAUGCAGAACUAUUUUGUUGCUUUCCAUUAAUCAUUGCUGGCAGCGAGAUUUUAAAAACAAAAAAGGUACAUGCAUGCUGUGCAUCUAUUAAAAAAAAAUUUAGUUUUUAUUGAUGAACAAAUACACUUGUGGUAUUGCUGGUAUGUCUGGCACAUGGUCGAGUAAAUAAUCAGUCAAACACUGUAAUGGAUACAUGCAGGAAUAAUCACAAUGCCACCAACCUUGUCUCUUGUACUAAUGUGGAUUAUUGCAUCUCAUGAAUAAUGGACCAUUUAUUUUUAAUUCAGUUCUGUCUUUCAUAUGUGAACCACGCUGAAUCAGAGUUAGCGGAGAGAUUUUUUUUUUCCUUUUUUUGGGGGGGGGGUUAUGAUGGGUGAGCGAAGAAGAAGUCUUUGUGGCAUAGUUGUAGUGGAAAAGCCCCACGUUCACAUUCUAUAAUCUGAAUACCCAAAGAGACUGCAAAUGUGCAUUCUGCAAUGAGGAAGCCUUUUACGUUUUAAAUACAUAUCACUGAUUUUCUUUUAUGGCGAACAGCUUACAGCAUUAUGUCGAACAUUUGAUUUUUUGCAGACUUUCUGGUUUUAUUAGUCAUUUUCAGUGCACUGUAAUUUGGAGUUUACAAUAUUGGAGAAGUGAGAGAAUGAGGACUAUAUUUAUGCAUAUAUGGGAACAUUGAUUACACAUUCAUUCCAGCUGUACAUCUCAUUAACCUGCUAGUUUUUAGAUCCUCCAUAUUCACACACACGUGCAUUAUAUUCCCUCUGACGUGUGUGGGUUUUUGUUUUUAAGUACUCAUUCAUGACUGUGGCCUUCUAGUAUUGUUGAUGCAUUACAUUAUACAGAAACUUCCCUGGUAUUGUACACGUCUGCGCGUGUGUGUGUGAGAAAGAGUGCGUCUUUUACCUCAUCUGCAGUCAACUCUUAAAUUGGAGUACUUUUGUUUACGUGUGAAGAAAAACAAACAACAAAAAAAAGGAGAAAAAAAAAUCUUCCACUAAAGAAACACAAGAUGCAUUGUAGCGAUUUGAGUAAUUACAAAACGUUCACCUGGUGUGCUGAACUAUGUGUAAAUUGUUUAUUACACAAUAUAAAUAUUUGUAAAAUUGUUUGUAUUUUUCAUAAUGGUUUUAAAAAGGAGUGUGUUUAUUUUUAUGAAUUCUUUCUGUUACAGAACUCUUGCUUUGUCUUUUUCGCCUGACAUUGUGAGUGAAUUGGUUGGUUCUCUUACCUCUCUCAUGUAUUUGAGCCUGUGCUGAGUUGUUUGUAUGCAGUGUUUAGAAAUACUGUAGGGAACGUGAGACAAAAUCGAUAUUAGGAGCAAUUGAUCAAUUUGUAUUUAUUUAUUUUAUCAUUUUGUUAAUAAAUUUACCAAGAAA